GCACGCGCAGUGCGGGCGAGCUCCCUGAGGGAAAGAAGAAGAGGCGGCGGCGAAGGGGAGGGGAAAUGGCGGCGGCGGCGACGGCGGCGGCGCUGCUGUCUGAGGGGAGCGGGAGCGGCGGUUCUUCGGGGCUGAUGCCGGGCCACAACGGCUGCCCGGCGCCCGCCCCCGCCGCUGCUUCGUCUUCUUCGUCGGCGGGGGGAGGCCCGUCGUCGUGGACGCGUUCCUUGGAGCGGGCGCUGGAGGAAGCGGCGAGCAGCGGGGCGCUGGGCCUGAGCGGGAGGAAACUGCGCGAGUUCCCCCGAAACAGUGCCGCCCCGCACGACCUCGCCGACACCACCCAGGCCGAUUUGUCACGGAACAGACUCUCAGAGUUGCCUGCAGAAGCUUGCCUUUUUGUCUCCCUCGAGAGCCUUAAUCUGUACCAGAAUUGCAUUCGCUAUAUUCCAGAAGCCAUUCUCAACCUGCAGUCAUUAACAUUUUUGAAUAUCAGCCGGAACCAGCUCUCGACUCUGCCGGUUCACAUGUGCAGCCUACCCUUGAAAGUUUUGAUAGCAAGCAAUAAUAAACUGGUCUCCCUACCUGAAGAAAUUGGACAGCUUAGACAUCUGAUGGAGCUUGAUGUGAGCUGUAAUGAAAUACAGACAGUUCCAUCACAGAUCGGUAACCUGGAUUCUCUGCGGGACUUGAACCUCAGAAGAAACCACUUGGUACAUUUACCUGAAGAGCUUGCAGAGCUGCCUUUGAUCCGCUUAGAUUUCUCCUGCAAUAAAAUCACAACAAUCCCAGUUUGCUACAGGAACCUCAGGCACUUACAGACAAUCACCCUAGAUAAUAACCCACUCCAGUCACCCCCUGCACAGAUAUGCAUAAAAGGAAAAGUCCACAUAUUUAAGUAUUUGAAUAUGGAAGCAUGCAAAGUGGCACCAGAUCUUCCAGAUUACGACAGACGGCCAAUAGGCUUUGGUUCCUGCCACGAGGAGUUAUACUCCAGCCGGCCAUAUGGAGCUCUGGAUUCUGGCUUCAAUAGUGUGGACAGCGGAGACAAAAGGUGGUCAGGAAAUGAACCAACAGAUGAAUUUUCAGAUCUUCCUUUACGGGUGGCAGAGAUCACCAAAGAGCAGAGACUGAGAAGAGAAAGUCAAUACCAGGAACACAGAGGGAACAUAGUUGUAACCAAUGGUGGAGUGGAACAUGAUCUGGAUCAGAUCGACUUUAUUGACAGCUGUGCCACCGAAGAGGAGGAGGAAGAGGUGAGACAACCCAAGUGCACGGAGUCAGACAGCCUCAGCUCACAGUUCAUGGCAUACAUUGAACAGCGGAGGAUAUCUCACGAGGGCUCACCAGUAAAACUAGUACCAAUCCGAGAAUGCCAUAGGUCAGAAGAUCCAAGAAGAUACUUGCAUCAUAACAGGGAUGCAGAUGAAUUAAAGCGACCCGAAAGUCUGAGCUUGACGCAUGACAGAGAGCGGCUGUUAAGGAACUACUUAGACCGGGCAGAAAGAAGCUCCAAUGAUUCCUCUUGCACACCGUUGCUGUCUAACAGUCACAAUCAGGUCUCUCACUCAGAUGUAGAUCUACACAAAAAGCGCGAACAUUUAGUGGAGCGGACCCGAAGGGAGGCCCAGCUUGCUGCACUGCAGUAUGAGGAGGAGAAAAUGCGGACAAAACAGAUCCAGAGGGAAGCUGUGCUUGACUUUGUCAAACAAAAGGCAUCCCAGACUUCUCAGAAGCAAAGCACUCUGGAUAGUGAGUGUCCCUUUCCAUCCAGAAGGUCUCAGCACACUGAUGACAGUGCCUUGCUGGUGAACGGCUUUGAGCCUGUCUUAGUGUUUGAGAUUGACAGUAACACCAACACCAUUAAAAGGAGGCCGGGGACACUCAACCAGAGCGAUGACAGAACCACCAUCUCACCAAAUUCACCUGCUUCUCAAACAGUCCACCUUUCUGCUCCAUAUCCUGGCCCUCCGGCUGCUGCUGCCGCUGCUCCUCCUGCCUACAGAAAUCCUCCUCAACGUCCCGAAAGCUUCCUUUUUCGAAAUGCUUCAAGGGAUGACGCAACCAAAGCUAUUUCACCUUUGCCGCCAGCUGCUGCAUCAGCACCAGCAAACAGCUCUGAAGAUCCUUGUGAAAACCAUAGUUCUAAAUUACGGGAAGAAGAAGCUGAGCUGAUAGAACAACUGCGGAAAAACAUUGAGUCACGGUUGAAAGUGUCCUUGCCCAGCGAUCUUGGAGCCGCUCUGACGGAUGGUGUGGUGCUUUGCCAUUUAGCAAAUCACGUUCGACCUCGUUCCGUCCCUAGCAUUCAUGUCCCUUCCCCGGCUGUUCCUAAAUUAACAAUGGCCAAGUGUAGACGCAACGUGGAAAAUUUCCUGGAAGCUUGCAGGAAGAUUGGCGUGCCUCAGGACAGUCUCUGUUCCCCUUCUGACAUUCUCCAGCUAAACCUCAGCAUUAAAAGGACAGUAGAGUCUCUUCUUUCUCUGGGGGCAGAUUCAGAAGAGCCCCGUCUUGUCUCCCUUCCCACCCAGCUUUGUGGCUUUGCGGCGUUUUACUGUGCUCUGAUGCUAAUGCUCUGUGUGUUCUAUCGCUGGGUCUUUUUCCUCUAACUAAGGCUCAAGGACUUGCUCCAGCUCUUCCAAGCGGUUGGUAACUAGUCUGUGUUUCAGUUGGGAAUUCUGUCUGUGUCUGUUCUCUAAAACCCACCAGCAACCUGCUGUGUUUGAUAUGAAAAGGGCCCCGUGGUUUAUAGUCAGUCAGCCAAGUUUCUCACUCUUAUAUGACUGGAAUAUUUGCUGAAAAUGAUAGAAAAAGGCUCCAUACACAUUUAUUUAUUCUAAGUGCAUCGCUCUGGAUAUUUUUGUAAAACAGGUAGUAAUUAUUUUGGGCGGUGUAGACCGUAAUGGAAAACUGAUGUUUAGCAGUCAGAGGGAUGUUACCUUGAAGGAAAAUCUUCCUCAUGAUGAAAUGUUUCAAUUCAAACCCCUUCUAUUUUCUUGAAAAUUAAGAUUUAAAUAAUGUUUUUUUUUUUCCAAAGUUGGAAUUUCUCCAUCAAAAUGUGGAGAUUGCUCAGGAUUUUUCAAAAGCCUCAAGCCUAUAUGUCAGGGAUCUUGCAUUGUGGCAUCCUCUAAAACCACCAUGCAGAUUUCCCGAGAUUCCUUCCAGUUUCCAGAGCAUCCCUAUGUCUGCAAAGCAGGAUGGAGAAAAUGAGAUGGCGGACUGCCUUCAGGUUUAGAACAGACAUUAUUCUGAUAGCCUUAACCACACAAAUAAUUCCCCAUCUGACUGGUUUUCAUUAAACGAGAGGGGCUCAUGGAAGUUUCCUUCUCCCCUUCCUGGGUAAGAAAAGAGCACAUGGGAGGCUUUUGUAGCUGUGAGAAGUGAUCUUUAUGAGUCCCUUCAGCUAUUUUCUAUACCGCUGGUUUGAACAAAUACUUGAGCCAGCCCAGAUAUUGCCUACACAAGCUGCCAUCAUUGGCUCCAGCUACUAUUGAUAUAAAGCGCUGGGGAAAAUAUCCCGUCGGCUCAUAUUUUCCUAUGUCUACAAGCUGUGCCUCUCACCAUCUUCAUACAAAUACCUCAGUGCCACUUUAAUAUGGGUUAUAGUUUUUCACUGUUGUGGUUUCUUAGGAGAUUUCCACCCAAGAAGAACCUCAGGCAACCUUUCUGGAGCCAAUGAACUUCUUGGGUGUUUUAGACCUAUACAUUAUAUUUUUUAGGAACUGCAGUUGUUAAAACCCAUAGCUUUCUUCUGGCUUCCCAGUAAAUAGUCACAAUAAUAUUCUAGGAGCUGCACCGUAGCUAAUUUAUUUAUCUACAAACUAUGAGGCACUUUGAUGACCCAACAUACUGCAUGUAAAGUAGGUAGUAAAUUGGGCAUUUCUUUUACAAACCACAUUACAAGCUGGGAUCCAAAGUCAUCUUUUAGUGCUGAACCUGAAAGAGAGUGGAGGAGAAUAAAAUCAGUGAGGAAAAUAAGUAAACACACAGGAAUUCUGACUAUUGGAAAUUCAGGUUCGUCUUCUCUGGCCUUUAAGGUUCCACCAGAAAAGAUCCCAAAUGCUUUCUUGCUCCCUUAAGAACUGGAACCUUGGCGUUUUUUUUCUCCAAGAAGAAACAGAUCUUCAAGUGUAGAACUCCCUCUCAUAGCAGGUUCUUUACUUGAGCAGGUAUAUUUACUUGUACAUAAUACAAAUUCUGCUUUUAUCAGCACUGAUAUGAUGAACUCAUCUUUGCCCUACUAUUCCAACUUGAUGCUGUACUGUUUAUCUAGCUCAGGUAUAUCAGCCAGGUUGAUGCUUUGGCCUUUUGUCCAUGCAGUAAGAGCUUGCCUUUCUCAGGGAUGUAUUUUCUUGCAAAGUGGACCUCAGAGCACAAACACUCUGUCCUCUUUCCAUGUGGAGGGAGGGAUGGUGGGAAAGAUUGCAGUCUCAGAAUUGCCUUGGCCUUGUGGCCUCCAAUCCAUACCAACCUUCUAGCACAGGCAUGGGCAAACUUUGGCCCUCCAGGUGUUUUGGACUUCAACUCCCACAAUUCCUAACAGCCUACCUCCUUUCUAUUCAUUGUUUCCUAAAUGGGGAGACUUAUAUUCAGAAAUAUAUUGUUGUGGAUUCCAUACGGGGCUUUAUAGUGUUUAGCGGCAGACUUUGCUGCAUUCAAAAUGGGCUGCUGUUGGGGUUCUUCCCUCCAAAUGCCAAACCUGAUUCUUGCAGCAAGUAUUUGCCUUACCCUGGAAUAAGUCUUUUUUCUGACCCACAUCCCAUAUAGUACAGUCUUAACAACAAUACUUCCCUGCAUUUAUAUAAUGUUUGGGAGAAAUACCAGGUCAAACAUCACAACCUCUUUCCACCUCUUUCCGCUUGUGGAAGACACCAGUAAUCCAGGCCAGGAAAGACCUUUAAAGUGGCCACAAUAAGUGCAUACUUCUAAGCAGGAGUUUUAUAUGUUCUUUGCCACAAAUUAUGAUGUUCUUCCAAGAAAAACUGAAUAUUUCCGACUUAAAUGAAUGGCAGGGACUUGAACAGCUCUCUCUGAUCUAGUUUUGCUGCCCUUAGAGAAAGACUCAACAGGUUACUAAUUGGCCUUCCCUACAGAGAAUCUUACUUAGCCAUGUUUCCGAUACUUCAGCCGUCUUUCUCAAUAUACUUCUAAAAAUAUUUUAACAGACCCAAGAGCCAGUAUCUUAUGUUGUAAAAACAUGCAAAUCAGAUUUCUCAGGAAGCUCAAUGAUGCGCACAAUGUCUCAUUCUUUGCCCUGUCUUUGCUUCCACAGAGACGCAGCAUAUAUGUAGCCUUGCCAGCCCCUUCUAGGCCAAAUGGCGCAUCAAGGGGAACUGCAGGAUUUUUGUGAAUUUUGCACAAACGUCUGUUCAGUACCAAAGUUCUAUUUGAUUUAAGAACGGUGCUGCUUCCUAUACUUAUAAAUCAAGCACUAAAACGGAGGUCAGCAACGACAACUAUCUGAUUGGCCAAUAGCCCUUAGCCUCAUUGCCAGUGGUGAGGAAUUAUGGGAAUUAUAGUCCGGAAACAUCUGAAGAACCAUGUCUGCCUAUUCAUGCCCGAAAACAGCAGUCUGGCAAUAUGUGGAGCCUUUAUUUUGGGGUUUGCACGUACUAAAGAAUGUGUUCUGUUCUAGAUAUGUGUUGAUCCACUGUUCAUUUCCUUUCUAUCCAGGAAUACAUGGCUAACUUCUGUUUCGGCCAGGGUAUAGCUGCAGCACUAACAGCUUGUGACAUGUUUUGUCCCCUCCGCUUUCUAUUCAUUUCCAGACAAUGAUUCUGGAUAAAACAGAGGGGAAAUUAGUUUUUGUUGAACUGUGUAACGUCGUCAUAUAGGACAAGGCAAGGAUUAUUAGAACUAUACGCACAAAAGGACUUUCUAAAGGGCAGCCUGUUGUUCUCACACAGAGCGGAUCAAUUGUGGUCGGGUGGCAUUGUCCCUCAGCGGACUGGAUGGGCAACAUCCGCUGCAACUUUGUGGUCAGUAGAGAAGCAAAUGCCAGCUUUCUUCUCAAUACUGUAGUAUUAGUUCAGGUAUGAAAAGUGCCAGCCAUUUUUUGCAUUGUUUACUCAAACAUGGGCUCAACUUAACCUUUGCUCAUAGUUCCUCUUAACACGUUGAUGCAGGGUUUGUUGUCAUCUUGGAUCCCAGUUUGGGAGAAAGGCAAGAUAUAAAUCCAAUAAAUAUUUAGCUUUAUUUGUAUCCCAACUUUCUCCUGAUAUAGAGACUCAAAGUGACUCACAAUAAAUGUAUAUAAAUGUGUAACAGCAGAGGAGUUGCUUUUCACCUGUACUGCCAAGUCAAGAAUUGCAUCUAUCUUUAAAUAACUUUAAAUAGUAGAGUCAAGCAAGUAUUUGUCUGCCUGGGAAUAAUUGCCAGCACAUGGUUGGUUAGUUCUCAAGGUCUUCACACAUGUUACCAGGCAUAUGGUGUUCUGCCACUGUGUUGUGUUGUCUCAUUGCCGCGCAGUGGCUGGUUUGUGGACCCUGGUGCCUCUUGGUGAGUGUGUCCCUCAUCACAACUUCUCCUUACCUCAAAGCACUGACCUCAUUAAGGGAAGGACCUGCAUUUAGUAGAGGAGAGGUUGAUAAAGACCUUCCUGUGCCCAACAUGCACAUGUGUUAGGUAGAACCAUUGGGCAUGAUUUGCUCCUAACCCAGGCAUAGGCAAACCUUGACCCUCCAGGUGUUUUGGACUUCAAUUCCUACAAUUCCUAACAGUCUGUAGGCUCUUAAGAAUUGUGGGAGUUGGAAGUCCAAAACACUUGGAGCGCCAACAUUUGCCCAUUCCUGUCUUAACUCCUAGAUUUUGUCUUAUACAAGUAUCGAUUUCUAUUGAUGAAUAGUCCAUACCUAGCAUGCUUUCCGGUUUAUUGGAGAAUUUAGGGUUUUCCUGCUAUUUGAUAUAGGUACAGCAGGAGAGGAGACCAGAAAGGCGUCCAGCCCCAAGGAUUGAUGGAUAAGAAUGCUACGGGGAGUCUUGGAAAGCAGGCUCUUCACAGUAGCGGUGUCCUUAGCCACCCAGAAAGCUGGCAGUGGGCUCAUGGCUAGUUGAGUCACCAGGUACACCCUCAUUGUGACCACACUCCAAGACAGCCUUUACAUCCCACAGUCAUAACAUUUUGUUCCUGCUUCAGUUGCCUUGGCUCCAUCCUAUGGAAUUCUGGAUGUUGUCAUGUCAGUUGAGUCCUAGUGCUUCCACGUGAGUCUUAAUUGACCUCUGUGAGCUUCUGAAAACUGUGGGACACAGUGUGGCUGAAAGAUGCAGUUUCAGACAUAAAUCCAAUCAGUAGAACUGUGGGAUCUGUUUGAUUCCAUCAUAUAUAAGUUUAACAUUCCAUGGAUCAGCUGUAGCUAGGACCAGGAAGUGAGAUUUACCUGGAACUAGCCAUUAGUCUCAAUGGAGUUGGGUGUCCCAGUAUCUUCCAAAGCACUGGAGAUGGGACUGAGGUCUAAAUCAAAGCUUGCCUUCAUAAGCACCUUCCAUUGCUGAGCAAGCUGAGAGUGGGCCUGGUGCCCUUUGUAGGGUCCCAGCUACAAAAUUUAGAAGUAAAAUGGAAGCACCCUUUGCCCUGUUAAUGGAACCAAACUAACAUCUAUAAACUCCCCCCCCCCCAAUAUCUUUCACAAUUUUUCACCUCAAUAACCUCUCCCAGCCUUGAUGCAAUACGUCAGAUUUGACAACAAUCAGCCCUCCACAUUUGCUGGUUUAACUUUUGUAGAUUUGUUUAUUCACAGGCUUGAUUAAUAUGUUAUUUACAAGAUUCUCUAGGUCCUCCAGUGCAACUGUAUGGUCAGCUCCCACCAGACAUUGAUCAUAGUGUUGUGCCAAAGAGCAAGGAGGUUCUUAGAGAGAACAGCUCUGUAGGAAUCUUUAGGUCCUCCAUUGCAGAUUUGUGCUCAUCUUUCAGCUGAAGGAUGGACCAUAGAACUUCAUUGAAGGACCUAGAAAUUCCUGAAAAGGAGAUCACUUAGGUUUUCUUACUUUUGCAAGAGUCCUGCACCUCUAAUCCCAAGGAAGGUGGAGGGCUGCCUAUAUACCGAAGUGUUACAACCUAAGAGUUUUCAGUAGUUUUCCUCUCCAGCACGCUCUUGCCCUUCUUGCUGCUCCAGACUAACCCCGCUGUCCUUCUAGAAUUUAUAUCUGUGUUUGUUGUUUGUGUUUGUGUGUGUGUCCGGGAACUGGGAUCAGGGACAUCCAGUCAUUCAAUCUGCCCUUCUUCAAGGGCUUUUAACCCUUUGCUCCUCUGGAAUAGCAGUGGGACAGGGUCAGGCAAGGGAUGGGAGGUGAACAGGAGGGAAUUAUUCAUUUUCAGGUAUUGAUCCUGAAAUUGGUUCAGGUAUUGAUUGGUUAAGGAGGCAAAGCACCUCACCUAUGUGUAUAUACCUGUAUUAAAGCGCUGACUUCAUAUAUUUUCGAAAAGUUCUUUCUACAUGGAGACCUUUUGAAGAAUAUUUUAUUAACACCAAGAAUGCUGCUUAAUUGAAAUGUGAAUUUCUUAGCUGGAUAAACGACGGGAGGAAAGGUUGAUGUGUGUGUGUGAGUGUUCGAAGUUAGGAAAAGCAAACUGUACUUGGCUGUUAUGUUCUCUUCUCAGAAAAACCAGAUUCCGUUUAGCAUUAAACAUUUAUGAUUAGUGUAGCCAUAUCUUUCAGUGGAUGGAAUGCCUUUUGUAUGCUUAUAUUCUUUGUAACAAUUUUUUUCACAUUAAAUAUAGUUUCAAAAUUUGGUCUAGCUAAAACCUAAAGGAAGGCAGUACUUCCUCCCUAGUCCACCCUCUUCUGCACAUUCUUUAAUGAAUUAUAUCCUUUUUUCCCUGUGUGUAUGUGUGUGCCCGCGUGUGUGGUUUUGCUUGGAGGUUUGUUUAUUUUUUAAUGUGUUGAUUAAAUAAAGUUCCUGUCAUGGA